AUGGCGCCUGUUCUGCCAAACGGUGAGCCUCAAAUCUGGCUUACCCCGCCUCCAUUUACCCCAGCGCUCUGCCAUUCCGCAGCGGAACACCCACGGUCGGCCUUUCCCUCGAGACUCAAUGCCAACGACCUCCCGCUCUGGAAGCGCGAAGAGGUUGCGAGGGGAGCUGACCCAUCCCGGCAGAAACAAUUCACCAUCACCUUCCAGCCAUCUCGACCCGACCCUUACGACCCCUUCAUCAUCCCCGACUCCAUCCUCCUGCACAGUCCCGUGUCCCCACAAACCCAGAGCAAACUCCUCCAGCUCCCGCCCGAGCUCCUCACGGAUAUCUUCCGCAAAGUCAACAUCCCGUACUUCCAGAUCUGCCUCGCGUUGACCUGCAAGACAAUGGCACGCGUCGCCGCGCAGAAGAACGCCCUCUCGCCCUGGCGCGGCUACCGCGACAAGGACGGCCUCUUCCGCCUCCUCGAGCGCAAGAACAAUUUCAUUCCUCCACACUUGAAGCUGUGCCGUGCGUGCUUCCGGUUCAUGCCUACGACCAGAGGUAACUAUUGGGAGCAGCAAAUGUCGGCCCUGAUCUUUGAUGGAUUGUCCAUGAAUUGGUACGACCUCUUGGAAUGGUUCAACGGACACAACCGCUUCGGCACUCGCUGCCCGUGGUGUGUUGCUUAUGGUUAUUCGAGUCACUCGAGUGAGGGGAAAUACAAUCACCAGAGGGCGGAAGAGGUGCUUUCUGUCGGUGAACGCAUGCAUCCGGAGUUGAAUAGGAGGAUGGACAAACCUUGA